AUGAAUGCGUCAAGCAGGCGGUUUGACCUGGACACCCCACAGCCACCGUUUGGCCUUCCCAGGUGCCAGGCCGGAAAGGUCAACACCGCAUGUGUGUGUGCCCACGGAGGCUCCACACCUCAGCGGCCGACGACGCGUGACCUCGCGGAUUCGUGGGGGUGUGGUGCGAUGGUGGUGAGUGCGCACGCAGGCACACACACACGCAUGCUCGCGCGAGCACGCAUCGAACCGAGUGAGCGCUGGUUCGACGAGGAGGCCAUGGACCAAUGGGGAUUGAGAGGUGAGAGGUUUUUCGAUCGAUAUACCGAGGAUGCGUCGGGUUCGGAAUCGCCAAACCCAAAUCUGAACGCAGGUUCCAGCGAGCGUGAACAGGGAACGCGAACCCCAGAAUCGACGACGACGCGUCCGCUGUCGCCACUGUCGCCGGCGCCUCCAACACCACCAUCGCCGCCCGCGCCGUCGACGAUCCCAACGACGGUGUCCGACCACAUGGGUUAUCCGGGCGCUGUGUACGUUGAGUCGACAGAGAGGAACUCUGAGGACGGUUCCGAUGCUGUCGACGUACCAGCAUUCGCGACGUAUAUCGACGCCCACGCUGUCUUUCCACCACUCUUCGCAGUUGCUGGAAACAGCACGCAUCAAACGGAUUUGCCCACCCAAGGCAGUGGUCUCGCCGACUUGGGUCGGUUUUUCGUAUUCGCCAAUGAGGUUGUCGCCUCCACUCAGGAGGACCAACAGCAAGACGAUGCGCCAUCACUCCUCCACGUAACCGGUGAUGUGCGCACAGUAUCGUUUGCUGCUUUGGAUGCCGAGAUCCAUCGACGCAACCUCUCGGCGUGGAGGCGGUAA